UUAGUCAAAAAUGGUGAUCAGAGUUCGAGCUUCGCUCCAGUUCUUCUUUCCCUCACUCAUCUCAUACAACACUCUUCUCCAUCUCACUCACUCCCAAAACUUGAAUUAUUCCGAGUACUACGACCUUUGUGAACCUUUUCAGUGUGGCAACAUAACAUUCAACUUCCCCUUCUACUCGUUGGCCACCUUCGGCUCCCGUCCCUACGACUGUGGCCUCCCGGGCUUCCAGAUCUCCUGCGACCCCACCUCCUCCCUCGCUGGCCUCGCUCUCCCCGGCCGAUCCUACCGUGUCCUCGACAUCUACACAUCCGAAAACCUCAUCACCGUCGUCGAUCAGCAGCUCAUUGACGACCUUCAUUCCGGCUCAUGUGGGUCCCUAGGAAACCUCUCCCUUUCCACACCCACUGAUUCGCUAUCACCUUUGGCACUCCCUACAUGGGGUAACAACUUCACCUUCUUCAAGUGCCCAAUUGAGGUAGAGACAAUCAUGCCUCAACAAAUUGUGGGGAAUUACAGUUGCAGUACUGAUGAGGGUGAUUAUCGGGUUUAUCUUUGGGAUGCGCGAGUCAACGCCACUCAGUCACCGAGUGGGUGUAAGUCGGUGAUGGUGCCGGUGUCGGACGCGAGCUUGUCUAGGUAUGGGUUCUUGAAUGGGACCAGCCGUAACCGUUCGAUGAAGCUAGUGUUGGGUGUUCUGGGUGAUGGGUUUGCGUUAAAUUGGACAACUCCUAGUGAUUGUGAGAGGUGUCAAAAAAAUGGAGGUGGACGGUGUGGAUAUGGCAGCGGCGCCACCGGCAUCAACAACAUAGUUUGUUUCUGUAAAGCGGGAUGCGGCUCAGACCCAGCAACACCACCAGUUAGACAUAAAUCAAGUAGAUGGAAGCUCAUUACAGGUGUUGCAUCGGGAAGCUCUUUUGUUCUACUUGUUGUAGUCCCACUGCUCAUAUUCAAAUAUAAAAGGGGAAGUUCUGCAUUCUUCGAGACAAAGGAUCAAAUCACAGAUGGUGAGAGAAAUGCAAGACAGUUCAUUAAGAACUAUCAAUCAACUGUGCUGACCAACUAUCCCUACAAUGACAUUAGAAAAAUGACCAAUGGCUUCAAAGAAAAAUUAGGGGGAGGCGGCUAUGGCAACGUCUUCAAGGGAAAAUUGUCAGAUGGUCGGCUCAUUGCUGUCAAAAUGCUCGAGAAUUGCAGGGACAACAGCCACAAUUUCAUCAAUGAAGUAGCCACCAUUGGUAGAAUCCACCACGUUAAUGUCAUACGUUUAUUGGGAUUUUGUUGGGACGGAUCAAAACAAGCUCUUGUUUAUGAGUACAUGCCCAAUGGAUCUUUAGGAGACUUAAUAUCCAAAGAGGAGGUAAGUGUUUCGCUUGGUUUGGCAAGGCUGCUUGAAAUUGCCAUAGGAGUUGCACAUGGAAUAGAGUACCUGCAUACCGGUUGUGACUCGCGGAUUUUGCACCUUGACAUAAAGCCUCAAAAUGUGUUGCUGGACCAGAAUUUCAAUCCCAAGAUUUCAGAUUUCGGGUUGGCAAAAGUAUAUUCUAGAAAUCGAAGUGCAGUCACAAUGACAGGUGCAAGAGGAACCAUUGGCUUUAUUGCUCCCGAGAUUUUCAUGAGAAAUAUUGGGAAUCCUUCUCAUAAAUCCGAUGUUUAUAGCUUCGGAAUGCUGCUGUUAGAGAUAGUUGGAGGGAGGAAGCAUGUAGAACCAGAGACGAGCAAUUCAAGUGAAGCAUACUUUCCAAGUUGGAUUUAUGACAAGCUCAUUGAAGAAAAUGUUGAUUCUGUGGUGGAAGAGGAAGUGUUCAUUGCGAGGAAGAUGGUUAUGGUUGGUUUGUGGUGCAUUCAGAUAAAUCCUAGAGAUCAUCCCUCGAUGACCAGAGUGGUUGAAAUGUUGUCCGGCAAUGUAGAAGCCAUUGAAAUGCCUCCUAAGCCAUUCUUCUUCUCUCCUCCUCGCGUGAAAUUUGAGCAUGACAUGACUUCCAUUGAGAGCGAUGACAGUGCCUUACCUCUAGCAUUUGAAAGUGGUGAAAUCACUGAAAAUUAAAACCAGAGCAAUAUUACACUAAACUCAUUUCUCUCUCUAAAAUUUUCUCUCUCACAAUCAUAUC